GAAGCUUGGCUUGCUUCUGUCAGUCUUCGACACAGUUUCUAGCUUUUCUGUCUGUAUCACAUCACUUCCCCUUCCACACCACCUCCCCCGGGCCUCUCUGCCUUCUCUUCCCUGGUUAUCCCCGUUCCCUGUUCUGAAAUACAUGCACCGGAUUCACUCGUGGGCGAAAGCUCACGCGUCUACCCGCAAUACUCAAUCCCAGGGUCCCAACCAACCCUCGGAAGAGGCACCAGCUCAAGAUGGACAAGUGAAGGAGGCUAUACAUAACCCCGAAUCAGAAAAAGAUGCCACGCAACCCUCCAAGCCCGGACUGGGCGUCCGGAUGAAGGAUGGGAUUGUCCGCUUCACCGGGCACACCAAAACCGCCCUCUGCCACAGCUGGGUCAAUGUGCUGCUCGUCUUCGUGCCCGCCGGUAUUGCCGUCGAGGCUGCAGGGCUGAACUCGGGCCUGAUCUUUGCUUUGAACGCGAUCGCCAUCAUUCCUCUGGCUGGUCUUCUAAGCCAUGCCACCGAAUGCGUCGCCACGCGGCUGGGUGACACCGUGGGUGCACUGAUUAAUGUCACCUUCGGAAAUGCAGUAGAGUUGAUCAUCUUUAUUGCACUAGUCAAGAAUGAAAUCCGAAUCGUCCAAGCAUCCCUGCUGGGCUCUAUCCUCGCAAACCUGCUGCUGAUCAUGGGCAUGGCCUUCCUGUGUGGAGGUCUGCGCUUCCAGGAACAGAUUUAUAACAGCACCGUCACUCAAAUGAGCGCUUGUCUCCUCAGUCUGGCUGUCAUGAGUCUGCUCUUGCCUACGGCUUUCCAUGCCUCCUGGUCGGAUGAGGCAAACGCCGACAAAUACACCCUCAAAGUGAGCCGUGGAACGAGUGUGGUUCUCCUCCUGGUCUACGUCCUGUAUAUUCUGUUCCAGCUGAAGUCCCACUCGUACCUUUAUGCCAGUAUCCCCCAGCAGAUCAUUGACGAGGAAUCCCACCCUGGUGUUCUGGCCGAGUUCAUGAACAGCUCGUCGGAUUCCAGUAGCUCCUCCGAUGAGUCUGUCGAUACUACGACAUCCUGGUCGACCGCCAAGCGCAUCAAGAGGGCGAUGAAAUACAGACGCCAUCGUAAGUCGAGCACGAGCUCUCGCGGAACGGUCUCCCCGCAAUCGUUCCGGAAGAAGUCUUCGGCCGAUGUUGCCCACACAGGAGCCAUCGAUGAGAAUGCUGGCUCCGCUGGUGACCUGUUCGUCACGCAUCAAGACGGUUCCGGCUCGUUUGUCAUUGAUUUUGGAGAUGACAGCCGGUACGACGCCGAUCAUGAGCCGAACGUGAGGGACUAUGAACCACACUCGCGGGAUUUCGGACAGUCGUCGGCUGGUGUCAAGGCGUCCAAGGAAGACCGCAAGGCCAAGAAGCGCGAGCGAAAGCGAGAAAAGCGCGUUGAGAAGGAGAAGGUCGCCGCCUCAAUGACCAGCACCGCCGUGACCGGCCGCCCGCCCAUCAAAAGCCACAAGUCCGAGCCGGCCGUUGAGCAGGUCCAACCCGGCCAAUUGGACGACUCGGAGCCGACCAAGAAACGGUCGCUGUUCCGUCCAACUAUCCCAUCUUUGCUCUCGAACACCGUUUUCUCCAGCUGUCCGUCAACCAACCAGAAUGCGCCUGCAAGCCCGUCGAAUCCCUACGGCCUUCGCCGCACGCAUUCUCUACCCUCUUUCACCAACCGCCCUCCCCCUCCCGGCAAUGCGGUUCAGUUUGCACGGGGCGCCUCGCGCGUGCCCACCGUCGUGACCACUACCACCGUCGAAGCCACCCCCGAGCAUCCGGAGCCCGAGAUGUCACGGACGGCCGCGGUGGUCAUGCUCCUGGUGUCGACUGGUCUUGUCGCCGUGUGUGCGGAAUUCUUGGUCGACGCCAUUCCCACCAUGGUCCAGAGUUCCUCCGUCAGCGAGGCAUUUAUCGGACUGAUCAUUCUUCCCAUUGUCGGUAACGCAGCCGAGCACGUGACAGCCGUGAGCGUGGCCAUGAAGAACAAGAUGGACCUGUCCAUCGGUGUUUCCGUGGGCAGUAGUAUUCAAAUCGCCAUCUUCGUAACGCCCCUGGUCGUCAUCCUGGGAUGGUGCAUGGACAAGGACAUGUCUCUUUACUUCACGCUAUUCGAGACCAUCUGUCUUUUCGUCACCGCAUUCGUUGUCAACUUCCUGGUCUUGGACGGCCGAAGCAACUACCUGGAAGGAUCUCUGCUCAUCGCGGCUUAUGUGAUUAUCAGCGUUGCUGCGUUUUAUUACCCCGACAGCGCCCAGUCCAGCGCCACAGCCGGGGCGUAGUUGGUCGCAUGAUCGGCUCAUGGGCUCAAUCAACCUGCUUCAGGGGCAUUGAGUCCGACCCGUGAUUGCGCGUAACGAUGCAGAUCAUCUGCCCUACGGCUCCGAGGAGGAGAGACUGAGAAUAUCAAGCGGAGUUUAGCAUUAGUCCAGACUGUAAAUAUUGCUGCCUCGGUUCUUUGAAGCGGAAUAAAGAUUGCUGUGCCGUGUCUUUGCUA